AUGUGUCAACAAUAUUUCACCAUUUACUCGUGGUGCCAUUGCGAGGAAGCGGCGGGCGAGCACUACUGCACCGAGCGCAACCGCGACAGCUGUUCCAGCAUUGACGUCAAGACGGUCCACAUGCAAUGUUUCUGCCACCUGCAUGCCACGCGCGGCUUCAAGUCGGAGCGGAAGUGUCGCAAGCACGAGCGUAAGCAGGAGCGCAAACGCCUCGGCUCCAGCAGCGAAAAGAGCUCGCUGGAGCCUCGGCGCAAAUGGUAUCAUUUUCACUUCCGAUCGCGGACAUUUUAA